AACAGUUUGAUGGGAUCGUUGCCAGUGCUCAAGAUUUGCUCGGGGUGUUCAGCAACACAGUGACGUCCUGCUUAUAUUUUCCGAAACAGAAGAGCUGCUUUAUUCUCGUCAAGAUGAAGACCACUUUCUUGAUAGCAUUAUUUUUAGUAGUCGUGGCUUGUUCAGCAGCCAGUGCUGAUGAAUGUACAACAGGGGACGUUAAAAAUGUUGAUUGCAAUAGAUGUAGAUGCCUUAACGGCCAAUGGGCCUGUACCAGAAAGGGAUGUUUGAGAAAAAGGGAUACAGAAUGCCAACCUGGAGAAAGCAAAAAAAUAGAUUGCAACCACUGUUUCUGUUCUGGAGGACACUGGGCUUGCACUCUAAUUGGUUGCAACGUAAAGGCCGCUGAGUGCUCUACAGGACAAACUAAACAAGAAGAUUGCAACACUUGUUUUUGCGCAAACGGCAAUUGGGCUUGUACUCUAAAAGCAUGUUUGAGGAAGAGGGCGGCCGAUGAAUGUCUGCCAGGAGACAGAAAAACAGUGGAAUGUAACACUUGCUUCUGCGCGAAUGGACUUUGGGCAUGCACCAAAAAAGGAUGUCAUGCGAAAAGGGCCAUCCCAGCUCGUUUCGACGUAGAAUCUAGACAUAAACGAGAGGAAUUUUCCUGCAUUCCCGGGCAAACCUUUGCCAAGGAAUGCAACACAUGUACAUGCACAGCGGAUGGCAAGAACGCCAUCUGUACUCUAAACCCCUGCGACAUCAAUAAGGAUUAGCCCAAUCGUAGUUGUAGGUAGCUUUUAAUUCAAUUUUCUUGACUUUUAUAUGUUAGACUUAAGAGAGAAGUUGGUAACACCGGGAGAGACCCAAUUUUUAUAUUUUUUUACGAUAUUUAUUUAAUCUCGAACUUCAUUAUCAUCAAACAUUAUUUUUUCGCGCAUGUUCAUCGCAUUGUCACAAAUUCAGUAAAAUUAGAUCACUCAUUUCCAAGAACAAUUAUCAGUUUCUGCAAUAGUAAGAUAUGCUCUCGGUUGCCAACUUAUUUUUAAUAGAUGUUUUUACAUGUAAUUUUUAAUAUGUAACUUUUUCAGUGUUAGUAACUGUUUGUGUAUGAUGUCAAUUAAUUGUAAGCGUAGAGAAAGUCCAAUUUAGGUUUAAUUCAGGAUAUAUAGUAUAAAAUGCAGACAAUGUGACAAUAAAAAAGGUUGUACAUAAAAUUUCGAAAAUUUUGCUGUUACACUCAAAUCACAUUUUUUCAUUACCGUUCACGCAACCUUCACUGUCUGCUACUAUUUUGCCAUUUUCUCUACAUCUUACAUAAGAACUAGAUCUAAGGUAUUACGAGUAGUAUACGAAAACACAAAUGGUGUUCAAGUAGAGUGCUCCCAUUACGUAGAUUAAGUCACUUUUUGAACUAUAGGAAAAUAGUUCAUCAAAAUUUGACUAUUUUCUGUAUUGCUGAAGGGAACGUUAGUAAGAAGAAAUAUUCUUUUAAUCAUAAUUAUAGUAAAAGUUUCUUUUCUGUUUCUUCUUGGUAAAGCAUUCCCCUGCAAUGUAGCAGAAGGAAAAAUUACUAAAAAGAAACAUAUCCUCGUUCCUAAAUGCACAAGUAACGCACAAUUUUUAUCUCAAAGUUUCUUUUUAGUAAAUAUUCUUCAUCAUUUUCCAUGUUGCGAAAUGAAAAUUUAGUAAAAAGAAACUUUCAUCUAUUUACAGCUGUUGAUGUUAUUCUAUUUUCGUUUUUCUUCUUAUUAACUAGUUCCUCUGCAAUUUUUUGACAUUUUUCUGUGAAUUGUGACAUUUUUAUAUGUAUUUUCUGAUUGUAUUGUAGUAUUAAACAUUGUAUUGGUGGUGGAUUUCAAAUAUAUAAGUGUAAAUGCA